CGCUUUUAAAAGAAAAUCGGUUUGUUUCUUCGUAGUUUUCGCUUUCGUUUUCGUUUCCCUACACACUCGGCUAAUAAUUUCUCACUCCGUCGUCUAAAUUGAGUUUGUUUACGUGACCGGUUCCUAAAAAUUCACAUCACGCAUGCUGUUGCUACCACUACAGAUUCUCUUCAAGCCAAGCAGCUUCGAAACUCAAAGUUUUCCUUCUUGGUUUGAUUCAGACUUUUUAUUUAUUUAUUUAUAGGAAAUAAAAUUAUUAAUAAGGUCAGCAUGUUUAUGUGAGUGAUGGUGGUGGUGGGUCAAUUUUAAUUAAUAGCCGCGCACGAUCUAUUUAAAGUCAAAUUAGUCAUUGUGGAGGAAGUGAAACGUUCCGUCGAUCUAUUAAUUGCAUCGUUGAAGAGGCGUUGAAAACAACAAACGCUAAUUGGGCGAUUUCUUAAGAAAAAUUGAUUCCGUGGGAUGUUAUUAAAAUGUUAUUUGCUGUUGUUUUUAUUUUCAAUAGUUAACUUUUCUUUUUGAUGUUUCUCAAAUAUCAACCGUUCGACGUUUAAGGGCUUUAACCGGUCGAUAAUAAGGGUGGGGACUUGGAAAAUCACACUUUGAAGGUCGAGGUCAAUAGAUUCGCGAGAAAAAAUUAAAGGUCUCAAGGGAAAAUGUCAAACGCUUUUAAGCAAUAAUGUAACCAAAAGUAAAACAAAUUUAAAUCCGACGAUGGAUUCAACUGACGUGGAAUUUUUACACGAAACGAAACCUCCAGACGAGUUUGAUCAAAUUGACCAUGAAAAUAUUCCAAGUGAAGAUGAAUGCGGCCGCGUAUCCAGUACUCACAUGUCAGUUAGCAGUGAACCAAUAUCACAACCAACGAGGGGUCGAGCUAGUUUAUACCAUGGAACAUGGCCGGUUGAAAGAACGACUACAAUGUGGAAUUCAGAACCAACAAAUUUAGGUCCAAUGACAAAUAAUUUAACCGCGAUUCGAAUGGAUCAAACAAGCGUAAUGAGUUUUGCUUCAAGUUCCGGUGGCGCCCCUUUAGAUCGCGUAUUAAGUAGCCCAGAUCAUUCACGAAGAUCUUCACAACAAUUAGAAGCAAAAAUGGAUAUGGUUUAUAGUUUAUUAGCUAUGUUGGGGGGGCAAGAACACGCCGAUAUGGGAGAAACCCUUUUGGCAUUAAGUACAAGCCCUGAAAGUUGUUUGGCAAUGCGACAAUCUGGUUGUAUACCCCUUCUGGUGCAAUUAGUUCAAUCGGAUAAAGACGCCGAUUCACGAAAGAAAGCAUCCGAGGCUUUACAUAAUUUGGUGCAUUCACAACCGGAUGAGAAACUUCGCAAACGAGAAACAAGGGUUUUAAAGUUAUUAGAACAAGCUAGAUUAUAUACGGAAGCUUUAAAAAAUAACACCGAAUUUAUUCCUGAUCCAUCAAUAUCUUCCGGUGACGAUACCGCAAGCGAUAAACAUCCCGUCGCUACGAUAGCGCAUUUAAUGAAACAUUCGUUUGAUGAGGGUCAUCGUCAAGCGAUUUGUCAACUUGGAGGGAUUUACGUAAUCGCUAAUUUAGUUGAGAAUGAACACUCAAUUCAUGGUAGCACGAACGAAGAUGGUCAAUGCAUUUUAAUGAGACGUUACGCGUGUAUGGCUUUAACAAAUCUUACAUUUGGUGAUAGCGGAAAUAAAGCUCUUCUCUGUUCGUUUCGCGAAUUUAUGCGAGCUCUUGUUGUACAACUACAAAGUCCCAGUGAUGAAUUAAGACAAGUGACAGCAAGCGUGCUUAGAAAUUUAUCAUGGAGAGCUGAUUCAGUUAGCAAAGAAAUUUUAAAAGAAGUUGGGACAGUAACUGGAUUAAUGAAAGCGGCGAUGGUUGAUAGUAAAGAGAAUACGUUAAAAUCAAUACUUUCGGCUUUAUGGAAUUUAUCGGCUCAUUGUACAGAAAAUAAAGCGGAAAUUUGUGCUAUAGAUGGAGCGUUAGGUUUCUUAGUUGAUAUGUUAUCUUACAAAACUCCAUCAAAAUCAUUAGCUGUUAUUGAAAAUUCGGGUGGGAUACUUAGAAACAUUUCAUCUCAAAUCGCUGUAAGAGAGGAUUAUCGGGAAAUCUUACGGAAACAUAAUUGUCUUCAAGUACUUUUAGAACAAUUAAAAUCACCUAGUUUGACCAUUGUUAGUAACGCUUGUGGUACCUUAUGGAAUCUUUCAGCGAAAAAUGGGCAAGAUCAAGAAAGUUUAUGGCAAAUGGGGGCUCCGGCGAUGUUGAGAAGUUUAAAUCAUUCAAAACAUAAAAUGAUUGCUAUGGGCUCAAGCGCUGCUUUAAAAAAUUUAUUAAGUUCUCGCCCCAGCCAUAGCUUAUUACCCCAAAUGGACGCCACAGCUAAAGCUAUGGAUCUUCCAGUUUUACCAACGUUAGGUGCAAGGAAACAAAAAGCUUUAUUACAAGAUUUAGAUCAAAACUUAAGAGAAACCUACGAUAAUUUAGAAUCGCCAAAAGAUUUCAAAAAAACCUUUUUAAAAGAAAAGAAAGACGAAGAUUUGUGUCAUGCGUUUUCAUCGAUUAACCUCAAUGAAACAUCUUCAAACUCAUAUUUCCAUCAAAAAACGUUUAGUGGUGGAUCUUCAUCACUUCCAUACACAACACAAAAAAGAUUGAAACGAAUUGAAGAUGAAACGGAUUCUAACGAUCAACCAAUCGAUUUUAGCCGAAAAUAUUCUGAGAAACAAGAUAAUUUAAAACAAAAAAAAUAUGUUACAACAUCAUACGCCGAAACUGAUUUAGAUCAACCAACCGAUUAUUCUUUAAGAUACGCCGAAGACGAUUCAGACUCAGAAAUACCUAAAAACGAAUACGUACAAGACACCGUUAAAACAUAUUGUACGGAAGGGACACCUUUAAAUUUCUCAACGGCUACAUCAAUGUCCGAUUUGAGAAUAGAAAAAAUCGACAACGAAAAAACAUCGCAGAAUUCAUCUUCAAUUCAAAAAGAAGAAAAUGUUAUCGACGAAAAAGAUCGUUGUUCAACCGAAGAUAUUUCAGAGAUUGAAACGGCGAGGAAAUCGGAAAAGUUACAAUUUAAUUCGGGGUUGAUGUCGCCGGAAAAGCCGGUUAAUUACUGCGAAGAAGGAACUCCGGGUUAUUUUUCGAGAGUGAGCAGUUUUGGAUCGUUAACUUCAAUUCCAGCGAAUGAAAAUUUGAAAGGUAAAACAGGACAAGAUAAAGAAAGAAUCUCUCAAAACGUUUCGCAAGAAGAUGAAACGAAACGCGAAAUAAUCCCGAAUGAGAAUCAAAAAGCCGUUAAAUUCGAACAAACCGUAAAUUACGCCGAAGAAACUCCAUUAAUGUUUUCGCGUUCGAGUUCUCUGGCUUCGUUGGAUAGUUUUGAGCAACACUCUAUCCACGAUGAUCGAAGCUCAAUCGUUUCUGAAAUUAGUCGUUUUACAAGCGGAGUUGUUUCCCCGGAUAUCCCCGAUUCUCCAUCGCAAACGAUGCCGCCGAGUCCGCGCCCUCGAAAAGUUUUAGAAUACCCAUCCACUUCUCGAGCAGCUAUUUUAUUUCAAAGAACGGCCGCUGAUGGGCGACCUCAACCAGCACCUCGAAGUAUUCAAAAACCAAGUAUUUUUGAAGAUAAUGUUACUAAAUUUAAAGAGGAGAGUACUCCAGUACAAUUUUCCACAGCAACGAGUUUGAGUAGUUUAACUAUUGAUGAACACGAAGAUCGAAAUUUGACAUUGCCAAAGGUUUCUCCCCCAACCAGUCAAAAUAGUGGGAGUACUUUGAGUGCAAACGCAACGAAUGUCAAUGUUGAGGAAAAAGUUAAACAAAACGACGAAAAGAAAGAUGUUGAACCUGAAAAACCGGCGAAUAUCAGUUCGGAUUCGGAGAUACACAUCUCUGAAAAUGAAGGCGAUGAAGACAUUUUAGCGGAUUGUAUUAAUAUUGGGAUGCAAAAUCGGAGGCACAAAGAAGUUGAACCCGUUCAGGCAACCCCCGGUUCAAAAUCGUACAAUUACCCACUAAAACGACCAGCAUCUGGAAGUGGAAUACCUCUACCAAGAAGAUUUGGGCAAAAUAAUGGGAGUGGUGACACAGUGAAAACUUAUUGUACCGAAGAUACUCCGGCGAUUUUAAGUCAUGCUGGCUCCCAAUCCGAUUUGAGCAUAUUAUCAUCGCCGAACGAAAAGAAAAAUAAUAGUAACGUAAAAGAUUAUACGUCAGAUGAUAGCGGAAGUAAUUUAUCUGGGGAUAACGAAAAUAUUUUAGCUGAGUGUAUACAAUCUGGGAUGCCGAAAGCUAAACCAAAACAUAACAACUCAAAAAUAUUUAACAAAGUAACUCCAGAUAACAAUUAUUUAGAUGGGAAAGACCGAAAAUUGACUUAUUUAAUCGCUAAGGAUGAAGUUGAGAAAUUCGCCGUCGAAAAUAGUCCGUGCCAGUUUUCUUUAAGAUCAAGUUUAAGUGAUUUAACCGUCGAUGGAAGUGUAGCUGGUUUAGCAAGUAUGAAACCAGCAUCAUCGAAUAAUCAACAAAAACCGAUUAAUAAUUCAAAUUUAUCCGGCCAAGAAUCUUUAUCUUCAUUAAGUGUCGAUUCAGUUGGAUCCGUCGAGAAUGAACAAGCGUUGUUGGAGCAAUGUAUAUCAUCGGGAAUGCCAAAAAGUAAAUCUUCAGAAUCGUCUCAACACCCCGAUACGGAACAAAAAGAUCCAAAAAACGCACCUGCUGCGUCUGCUGUCGCAAGCAUACCUCAUCAGCUCGAAUUCGAGCAGAUUCACGAUCAUCGUCCCGCACCACCACCAAUAACGGCAGGCGAAGACGAGUCAGACGCAGGCAGAAGUCACGCGACGAGGGACGAACCUUUGAAAACACCCCCCGCAACAGAACAGGUUUUGAUCGAACCAAAGAAGAGUGGGUGUGAAAAAGAAAAUGUUGAAGAAAAAAUUGAAAAUGAAAAGAUUGUAAAUAGAAUGUUAGAUCCGGAUGCGAUGAUUGAAUCUUUAGAUCGAUUUACAGCCGAAUUAGUAUUACAAGCUCAAUCGAGAAUGGAAAAAGAAAAAGAUUUACAAAACUCUGUUACCGAUGGUGGUGAAACUUGGACGGAUAUUUCACCAAACGAUGUUAGCUUCCCGAGUAUUUCCGGUUCUGUUCCGCAAGUAAUAACAUUUAGCGAUGACUAUGCGAGAAAAGAGGCCAAUUUCACGACGGAUAUGAGCACAUUAACGGAAUCAACUUUAAUUGCGAUAGAAGCAACCCGAAUCGCGACCACUUUUCAAAUGGAAGCCGCGAUGGCUCAUAGCACGGGUCCUUUUGAAUUGGACAUGAUCCAACCACCUUCUCAUUUGAAUUCAUUAACAAGCUCGAUAAACGAACUUGAUUUUAAUAAAACAAAACGAAGUCCUAAAUUAACGGUAAGAAAGAAAUCUUUACCGAACUUAAUGAUACGAAAAGCACUUACAAACUCGCUAAAUCAAGCGACAAGUUUUGAAUCGUUGGAAAACAGGAGUAUAUCUAACUUAGAUCAUGUUAAUCCCCCUUCGAUUUUAGGCGAUGUUGAGCUUUUAGACCUUGAAGGCUCAAUGAUAAGUGUGGCUUCUUUGCAAAGCGAAGCCGAGGAUGUCAAAACGGAUUUUUUAAUUAACGGAUUUGUUUCUGAGAAUCGACAAAACUCGCAUCCGAUGUUUAAUGUGAAAGUACCCUACUCGGAAAUUGAAAAUGUUAAUCCCCCAUCGAUUUUCAAUGAAAUUACGGAUAUUUGUAAUUCUUUAGCUGACGCUCAAACUGAAGCCAUGGGAACUGAAACUGAAAUCUUCGAAGAUUGCAUCACCCACUUAGACAAUGAUGCAACUUUAUUUUCCGACGCAAAUAGUAGCACCCCAUUGGAAAGUGAUUUAAGCAGUAACGAUUCGACUCCUAAAAAGCAAAGAAAAAUGUUAACCCCAAAAGAGCGAAGAAACCUGUCUAAAGAUCGAUAUAAAACUUACACGAUUGAUUUGCAAGCUUCCGAAGAUUACGUUACAUGCACUUCAGGAACUCCUCCAAGAAGUAGCCCAAAAAUGACGGCGAGAGAAAAAAGGUUAAAUAAUCGAUCUAGAUUUGAAACGCAAGUUAUUGAUGAAAGUAUCUUAAAAAAUUUUGAAAGUUCUUCAUCAAAAGAAACAAUUUCUGAAACUUCUACUUUAACAUCAACGUGCAUCACAGAGAGUACAUUAAAUGGAAAUUGUUCCCAAUCUAAUAUUCGCAAAAAUUUCAUUCAAAAAAGGUUAGAAAACCGGGAUCGAUUCAAAACAAAGGUAAUCACAGAUAAUUCUUCAGCUGUAAUGUUAAUAACAUCACCGAAUUCGCCCGAUUUACAUUAUUUACUACAAAAAGAGGCUAACACAGUGCUCAAAACUUUAAAUGAAACUAAAACGAAAGUGGAUGAAUUAUUAGAAUGCGAAACAUUAAGUUUGGUAUCAAACGAAGAAGAUUCAUCCGAGCAAAACUCUGGGGGUUCUAAUUAUAGAACGUAUCACAAGAGUUGGGGGCUCAAUCAACCUCAUAUACCGGUUGUUGAUCAACAAUCAACAGAUGAUACAAUUAAAACGAAAGAAUUAGAUAGUUUUGAAAUUGAAAACAUCGAAAAUUCUGAAUCAUCUGAUUUUGAAGGUGAGGUUAAACCAGGAAAACCAAAAAUUGUUAAACCCGAAGAUGUCGUAGAAAAAGAUGAAGAAAAAGUUAAAGCGAUUCGUGGGCACCGAAAAUCUUUGUACCAUCGAAACGUUAAAACAACCCCACCAAGUAAAAUCGUUUCACCAACUCCGAUUAGUAAUAAAAUGAGUCCUACAAAUAAAAAUUUGGUAACAAAAACGACCCCACCGAAAAAUGUUAACAAAACCCCACUAUCUAAUUCAAAAUUAAUUAAACCAUCAACAAAAUCGACGAAUAUCCCAACUCAAAAAAAUAAUUUUAUUACUUCCAAACCACCACAACAACAAAGCCCGAUUAAAAGUAAUUCACCAAAACAACAUUCGAAUUCUACUUCAACAAAGUCGCCGAAUUUAGAACGACAAGGGACUUUUGUUAAAGAAGAAAAACCGAAAACAGUUUCGGGAAUUCCAAAAUCGGCGCCAAGUAAAAUCCCAUCAACGAGUAAUAUUCCGAAACCUUCAAAAAUCGCGAGAGCCACCCCACCACCACCACCUAAAUCAAUUCCAAAACCACAAAAAACACCCCCUUUAAAUAACCAAGAGAAACCAAAAACUUUUUAUCGAUCCCCAAGCGUCGAUGCGAAAGAUGUCACGAAAAGAAGCAGCUUACAACCGUCUACUUCGACUCAAAGUUUAAAAAAUGGGGGUGUUGUUAAGCGGUCGUCGAUGCCGGAAAGUACGAAUCAACAAAGAAAUGGCAGUAAUGGUAGUUUGGCUUCGAACGGUUCGAAUUCGAAACAAAUUACGAGUAAAAUCGCGAGUUUAUGGAAAAGAGUCGAGGAAAGUAAAAAGCAAAGUAAUAAAACUAUUGAUAAACGAGUUUGGAUUCAACCUGAACAACAAAAAUUGAUUCGUAGUAAUACCUUUGAUAAUAAAGAUGAAUUACAUGGAAAUCAAGAUUCCGGAAAAAGGAUAUCGAGGUUGGGAUCAUUUGUAGUAGUGGAAGGUGAACCAAACGUGUAAACCUUUAAGAAAAACCGGAAGUAACUUCUAGGAUCUUCUUAAAAAAAUUAAUUUAAUAAAAGAAAACAAGAAGAAAUUCUUUCGCGUACUCAUUGUAUGUUCGUAUUAUAAUUUUUGUCUAUGUUUUUUUGUUCUAGUCCUUUAUUUGCAAUGUGUAAUGUAAUCAUUUUUUUAUAUAAAUAAUUAACUGUAUGUUAAAAGACUGUGUAUCAUUUUAUUUGAGGGAUUUAAAUGUAAAUAUAUAACAUUAUUUAAAAGGAAAUGUUUCAAUAUUGCAUUGUAGCAUUUAUUUACUACUUAUUCUUGUUCUUCUUCCAUUGUAGAAGGUAGUAAAAAAAAUUAAACAAGCUCGGGAGAUAAUGUACCUUGUAAUUUUUAUACGAAGGCGACGAAUUGAAUGUGAACCGGACAUUUUAACUCCUGUAAUAAUUAUAUUUUUUUUUUUAAAUUUUUUCAUUAACCAUUGUUGGCAUCAUCUAUUCUUAUUUUUAGUAGGUAAAUUUAUUUAUGACGUAUUUACGUGUUAUAUCGAUCAAUAAAAUUGCUUAAAUCUU